AUGUCCAACGUCAAGGAGCAGCUCUCGCAGGUCGCUGUUUCGGCCAAGGAGGCUGCGCAUAAUGUUGGCGAGCAAGUGUCCGACUUUUUCCAAGGGAACCCGUUUGCGACGCCGGUCGGCAAGAAAAUCGAACUGGCCACCGAUUCCAACCUGCUCGCCACCGAGAAUUGGGGCCUAAACAUGGAAAUCUGUGACUUCAUCAAUGGCUACGAGGAUGGGCCAAAGGACGCGAUUCGGGCCCUGCGAAAGCGGAUGCACACCCAGAUCGGCAAGAAUAAUACGAAUAUCAUGUACACGCUGACAGUUUUGGAGACUUGCGUCAAGAACUGUGACCAUCGUUUUCACGUGCUCGUCUGCUCCAAGGAUUUUAUCCAAGACCUCGUCAAGCUCGUCGGGCCCAAAUUUGACGCGCCGCAGAUUAUUCAGGAGCGAGUGUUGUCGUUGAUUCAGGCUUGGACAGACGCUUUCCAAAAUGUGCCCGAUCUUGUCGGGGUCCGACAGGUCUAUGACGAGCUCCGAUCGAAGGGGGUUGAAUUCCCGGCCGCCGAUUUGGACACGUUGGCACCCAUUAUUACACCGAAACGGACCGUGUACCCGGAGCCCCAACAGCAACCAGCCGCCCAGGCCUGGCAAGACCCGGCAGCCGAUGCCGCCGCAGCGCCGCCAGCUGGAAGAAGUCGACAGACCUACCAAGUCGCUCCCCAUUCUGAAGUCCCGUUAGAGGCAUCAGCCGAGCAACUCGCCAAAUUGCGUCAGGACAUCGAUGUGGUCAACUGCAAUUUGAAGGUGUUCCGCGAGAUGCUGACCGAAAUCACGCCCAACAAAGUGUCCGACGAUGAGCUGCAGCUUAUCCUGGAGCUCAACCAGACCUGUCGCCAGAUGCAGCAGCGAGUGUUGGAGUUGAUUGGACAAGUGACCAAUGAUGAAGUUACAAGCGAACUCCUGCUGGUCAACGACGAGUUCAACGGCGCCUUCGAGAAGUUUGAGCGCUUCAUGGCGAACAAGGAGAAAGAAGAGCCCGCACAACAAGCCGCCGCCCCAUCUGAUAGUCUAAUUGAUCACCCGACCGCCGCCUCGGUAGCUGAUCAACUGAGCGGACUGAAAAUGUCAACGGCUGCCAGUUCAUCUUCGACAGCUGAAGCCUACAAAGCCAAUGCUGAGCCCCAAGCAGCUGUCGGGCUACGAACCGUUGUUAACGACAAAACGGCAGCCGUCAGCGAUCAGGAAGCAGCGGAAAUGGCGGCGUGGUUGAACAUGCAGGGGAAGCCACAAGAACCCCACGACCCGGAGAACGACAAGCUG